CUAAAAUAUUUUCCCUUAAACUCAAUCCUAAACCAAUACAUAACCAGAUUCCAAACCGGACAAUCUAAAUCUAAUCACCUAAUCUUCCCUAAUUAGAACCGUAAUUAAGAAAAAAAAGGACACAGACAAAACUCCAAUCUCUCUCUCUCUCUCUCUCAUCUCCGUCUCUCUGCGCGCAUGAUCCACAGUGUUCCACUAAUGCACCGCCCGUGACUCUCUCUAAUGGUCUGUGACUUGUAAUCCAUCUUUCCUUCCCCUAUUUUUAUUUUUAUUUUUCCCUCAUAAAUUUAUAAUUUAAUUUCCAUACACACUCACUUACCUAUACAUAUAUAUAUAUAUAUACAUUCAUCUCUAAUGUCUUCUUCGAAACUCCAUCAUCCCCACCGCAGAAAACUCCCAAUCCGCUGCUUCUGUCUCUUAAUCCUCGCCAUGUCUUCCAUUCUCAUCCUCCUCUUCUCUCUCUUCCUCUUCUCCUCUCCCUCCUCCUCCUCCCGUCACCACCACAGUCACCACAAUUCCCGCCGAUCACCUUCCGGCGACACUCCUCCGGCCUAUCCCUCGCAGUCUCCCUCUGCUCAGAUCCGUCUCGCUUGUAACGCAACUCGUUACCCAGACCAAUGCGUCUCUUCACUAUCCGAACCGGGUCUUGUCCCUCCCGAUUCCAAACCGAUCCAGAUCAUCCACUCAGCGAUCUCAAUCUCUUUCCAAAACCUCAAGACCGCCCAAUCAAAAAUCAAGUCCAUCGUAGACUCCUCCGUAGGGAAUCUGAACCGUACCAACGCCGCCAAGACGUGUCUCCAGCUCCUCUCUUACUCCGAGCACCGGACCCAAUCUACGGAUCAGGCUUUGACACGUGGUAAAAUCAAAGACGCUCGAGCUUGGAUGAGCGCUGCUCUCGUGUACCAGUACGAUUCAUGGUCAGCGCUCAAGUACGUCAACGACACCAGCCAAGUCGGCGAAACGAUGUCGUUUCUCGACGCACUUAUCCACCUCAGCAGCAACGCGCUUAGCAUGAUGGUCUCCUACGAUAACUUCGGAGACAACGUCGCCUCGUGGACCUCCCCUGCAACCGAACGUGACGGGUUCUGGGAUAAGACUGGGCCGGUUCUGGGCUCGGAUACAGGGCCUAAUUUGGGUUUUCCUUCCGGUUUGAAAGAAGACGCCACCGUUUGUAAAGACGGGAAAUGCGCUUACAAGACGGUGCAAGACGCCGUUAACGCUGCGCCGGUGGGUAACGGAAAGCGUAAGUUUGUCAUAAAGAUUAGCGAAGGAGUGUACGAGGAGACCGUUAUUGUUCCGUUUGAGAAGAAGAACGUCGUGUUCAUCGGAGACGGUAUGGGCAAAACGGUCAUUACAGGUUCUUUGAACGCCGGUAUGCCUGGGAUCACCACGUACAACACUGCAACUGUCGGAGUGGUAGGGGAUGGAUUCAUGGCUCGUGACUUAACGUUCCAGAACACGGCGGGACCAGACGCUCAUCAAGCGGUGGCGUUUAGAUCCGACAGCGAUUUCUCUCUGCUCCAGAAUUGUGAGUUUCUUGGGAACCAAGACACGCUCUACGCACAUGGUCUUCGACAGUUCUACAAAAACUGCCGUAUUCAAGGAAACGUUGACUUCAUCUUUGGCAAUUCUGCUGCUGUCUUCCAAGACUGUGAAAUCUUAAUCGCACCGCGUCAGCUUAAACCCGAGAAGGGAGAGAAAAACGCAGUCACUGCCCAAGGUAGAAUUGACCCGUCACAGUCCACGGGUUUCGUGUUUUUGAACUGUUUGAUUAACGGAACAGAGGAGUACAUGAAGCUGUUUAAUGCUAAUCCUAAGGUGCAUAAGAACUACUUGGGGAGGCCAUGGAAAGAUUACUCGAGGACUGUCUUUAUAGGUUGUAAUCUAGAGACUUUGAUCACUCCUGAUGGAUGGUUACCCUGGAGCGGGGAUUUCGCGCUCAAGACACUUUACUACGGCGAAGCUAAGAACACGGGUCCGGGAUCGGAUAGGUCACAAAGGGUUUCGUGGAGCAGCGAGAUACCGGAUGAGCAUGUGCAUGUGUAUUCGGUGGCUAACUUUAUUCAGGCUGAUGAGUGGGCUUCGAUGUAUGCUUGAAGCCUUGAAUCGUAAAAUUAUAAAGGGUUUAGGGGGAUGUUUUAUAAAGAAAACUUUGUCAUUGUACUUUAGCUGAGAAAGUUAAUGCAAACUUUGCAUUUAUGUCAUAUCAAAUUGAAAGUUCAGAAUUUUAGGACUAAUGAAGUAAAACAAUAAAGUUUCAACCUUUGGAAAGAAA